AUGCCUGCCAGCAACUGCAAUGUUAUGGGAACGAACGAGGAACGAGCAGUGGCUGCCUCGACCGUACCCGACCUUUGUGAAGUUCGAGAAUUCAUCCUGUUCUCCAAUGACAAAGAAAGGCAUCAGGCUUGCCGUCGUCCUGACCCGCACUUUAUGCCCACAAGGCUGCUCGAGAUUGGCACAAUCAACGGGAAAUUCAGACUCAAGCUCUGUAACUCAAAUAAAAUCUCUCCGGGUGCGUAUGCAGCUCUCUCAUAUUGCUGGGGACCGGACAAGAACCUCAAGACCUCGUCAACGAACCUGGCUAGGCACGCCGCUGGUAUUGACGCGGAGGACUUGCCACAAACUCUGCAAGAUGCGGUGGGAGUCGUGGACAGCUUAGGCUUGACACUGCUGUGGAUUGACGCUUUGUGCAUUCUGCAAGACGACGAACACGACAAGGCGACGGAAAUUGCUACCAUGGACAAGGUCUACGCCAACGCCACCGUCACAGUUGCAGCCUCUCGGGCUGUGACCGCGCAAGCCGGGUUUCUUGCGGAUCGGCCAGAUCCGUGGCCUACGGGAUCCAGAGAGCUCUUUGAGCUACCGUAUCGUCUCGCAGAUGGCCAGACUGGAUCCAUCGUUCUCGGACCCGACUUCAAUAGGCCCGAUGAGCCGUUGGAUUUCAGAGCAUGGGCAUACCAGGAGCGUUUACUGUCUCCUCGGAUUCUCGACUUUGGAGCGAUCAACACUCGCUGGAUUUGCUGCCAAUCUGUCGAGAGUGACCGAUAUGCCUUCACCGAUGGCUGGGAUGGCCUAAAUACUCUGAAUACGGUACGCGAUGACUUGAAGUCGAAACAUAUUUCGGAGCUGUACGAGAAAUCAAAAGGUGGGAAACUGACGAAGCCGCCAAUGACGGCCUUUCGCGACCUCUGGAGCGGCAUUGUCCAGCAGUACACUGCACGUACCAUCGGCGUUGCUGAAGACCGACUCCUCGCCCUUGGCGGUAUCGCGCAGCAGUUUGGCACGAUCCUCGACGACGACUAUAAAGCUGGAUUUUGGAGCAGCACUCUCGCGCACUCGCUGAUGUGGACCAGGAUCGAACACUGGAAACAUGAACCCGAGACUCCUCACAGCAAGUACAUUGCGCCGUCAUGGUCAUGGGCGUCGUUGAAUGCGUGGGUGGACACUGUAUACACGCGAACCCUCGAUGAAAACUUCCGAGUCCUGCACUGUCACCUCGAACCUCUGUACAAACACGCCCCAUAUGGCGCGUUGUCCUCGGGCUUCCUUCGCGUAGCGGGCACGGCCAUCGAGACUGUUUGGGGUAGCAACCAAGACAACUCGCGAUUUGCUUCCCGGGUUUCCAUUCGCGAUACCACAGCCAACAGGAAAUAUGUCGCCAGAAUGGAGCAUGAUCGAGCGCCCACCGACCUCAGCCUCGAGGUCAAAGCCACCUUGCCGGUUCUGUUUCUGAUAGUGGCUUCCGGAGAUAGGAGAACGGGCAAAGCCAACUCUAAAUGUCGGUGCAGGAAUCAAGGCUCGAUUAAAGGCCUGGUGCUUGAGAGUCUUCCCGGCGGAACAUACCGCCGGGUUGGAUGUUUCUACCUUGGUGGAAUGGAGAUGGAAAGCUACCAAGAGUGUCUUCGCCUGUUUCGCGAUGGUGGUGUCAGAGAAUUCAAAAUCGUUUGA